GCCGGAGGGAGCCUCGCCGCCCGCGCAGCCCAGCGCCGGCCAGCGCGGCAGCGGCAGCGGCGGCGGCCGCGGGGCCCGGACCGGCGGCGUCCCCGGCGCCGUGCGCGGCGUGCGCGGCGGGAGGCGAGCUCCCGGAGAGCACUUUUCCCCCUCGCUUUAGGAGCGCUUGUGGAUUUACAUGCCAAGCCUUCAAGAUGAUGUCCAUGAACAGCAAGCAGCCGCAUUUUGCCAUGCAUCCCACCCUACCUGAGCACAAAUACCCCUCUCUGCACUCCAGCUCGGAAGCAAUAAGAAGAGCAUGUCUACCAACUCCGCCGCUGCAGAGCAACAUCUUCGCCAGCCUCGAUGAGACCCUGCUGGCGCGGGCCGAGGCUCUGGCCGCCGUCGACAUCGCCGUGUCGCAGGGCAAGAGCCACCCGUUCAAGCCGGACGCCACCUACCACACCAUGAACAGCGUGCCCUGCACCUCCACCUCCACCGUGCCGCUGGCGCACCACCACCACCACCACCACCACCACCACCAGGCGCUGGAGCCCGGCGACCUCCUCGACCACAUCACCUCCCCUUCCCUGGCGCUCAUGCCCGGCGGCGGCGGCGGCGGAGGCGGCGGCGGCGGCGGCGGCCACGACGGGGCGGGCGGCGGCGGCGGCGCGGCGGGCGGCGGCGGCGGCGGCGCGGCCGGCGGCGGCGGCGGCCUCAUCUCCACCUCGGCGCACCCGCACUCGCACAUGCACGGCCUGGGCCACCUCUCGCACCCGGCCGCCAUGAACAUGCCGUCGGGGCUGCCGCACCCGGGGCUGGUGGCCGCGCACCACGGCGCCGCGGGGCAGGUGGCCUCGGCGGCGGCCGUGGUGGGGGCGGCCGGCUUGGCCUCCAUCUGCGACUCGGACACGGACCCGCGGGAGCUGGAGGCCUUCGCCGAGCGCUUCAAGCAGCGCCGCAUCAAGCUGGGGGUCACCCAGGCCGACGUGGGCUCGGCGCUGGCCAACCUGAAGAUCCCGGGCGUGGGCUCGCUGAGCCAGAGCACCAUCUGCCGCUUCGAGUCGCUCACCCUCUCCCACAACAACAUGAUCGCCCUCAAGCCCAUCCUGCAGGCCUGGCUGGAGGAGGCCGAGGGCGCCCAGCGGGAAAAAAUGAACAAGCCCGAGCUCUUCAACGGGGGCGAGAAGAAGCGCAAGCGGACUUCCAUCGCCGCCCCGGAGAAGCGCUCCCUCGAGGCCUACUUCGCCGUGCAGCCCCGGCCCUCCUCCGAGAAGAUCGCCGCCAUCGCCGAGAAAUUGGACCUCAAAAAGAACGUGGUGCGGGUUUGGUUUUGCAACCAGAGACAGAAGCAGAAACGGAUGAAAUUUUCCGCCACCUACUAGGCGGGGGCUGGGGCGGGAGGGGCGGCGCGGCC